AUGAUGACUAGCUGGCAAGUGCUUUUCGAUGGCUCCAUCUAUACUCGCGCCGUAUUCCACUCGGCUCUCUCUCUGUUCGGCGAGGACAGCCUUGCUGACUGUGAUGGCGAAGACAUCGCUAAACUCUUGACCAUCGUUCAUCCGCUCAUGCUUCGUUAUAUCCGUUCUCUUAACGAUGGCGCGCAAGAAACUCAAGGCGAUCUUCGCGUCCGCAAAUCACUUUACAACGCGUGGGCUGUCUUGAGUACCGAUCACGCCAAUCAGGUAUGGGAUGAAUGGAUGCUCGAGGCACCUGAUGGCGACGACGACUAUUAUCCUGAGCUUACCGACGACGAGCUCCUUCAAGUGCUCCCUGCGAUUUGUGAUGCGCCCGUCAAGGCCAAUCCCUUUCUGGCCUCAUCCACGCUUGUCGCUAACCGUAAUCCAUCGCCUGUUAACGAGGGGUCUGAUCAAGAGGACUCCCCAAUCUUUAAACAUCGUAAAGGCGUUCUCGCGUCGCCAGGCCUCAUGAAGUUUACGCCUUUGCCACCGAACAGUCCUCCCGCUGCCGGCCCUUCUCACACUUCCACCACUCCAGCCGCUGGUUCCGCUGACGUGCCCAUUCCUAUCUCCUUGUCACCUACGCUGCCUCUUGGCAUUAUGCCGCCUGUCACUCUGCUCCCAGCUGCAUCUGCAAACGCUCUGAUGAUCCUCGUGGUUCCCCGCCUCAAUAUUCCUAAGGUGGAGAUGCACACAUGUCAUGAUCGUCCCGCAAAGGCUCUCGCCAAGAUGAAGAAUAUGCUCGUACUUGCGCCAAGCACAAAAUCCAAGGCGAGUAAACGCAAGCGGAGCCCCAGUGAAGAAGGAGAGGAUGGGCAAUCGGACAAGUCGUUCAUUGCUAAUCCACCUCCUCGUAAACGUGGACGACCCCGUAAGAACUUUCCUCCUCAUCAGCGGUUUAUUGGAGCGUUCAACGUCCCUACCAACUUAGAGCAUCUUUUCAACAAGCCUUUUAUGCCUGAGCCUUGCGUUCAAUGCUCCAUGGGCAAGAACCAAAAGGAGGAGAAAUGCCAGUUUCAAGGCUGGGGUUACCCCUGCGUGCCCUGCAAAACUGCGCAUUUCACUUGCUGUGAAUACAGCCUCAAGCCUGUCCGUCAUGCCGAAGUCCACAGCAUUCUGGGACGUCACCCUGCUUGCUUGGCUCCUGAACUUAUCGUUUCUCAUAUCCAAGACGCUGUGUUCGAUCAACAGCACAUCUGCGCGAAUCAAGCAAUCAUCGACUCCCUUAUGUAUCGUCGGGACACCAACAUGCGCCGCGCUGCCCAAGCGCUCUUUGAUCUCGCCGCUAUCGAAGGCAAGGAGAGCUUGGUCGGUACUAUUUUUCAAACGCAGGACGACUUCGACCAUUAUUUCCCUUUCAUCAUGUCCUUCCUUGGCGACCUCAGCGCCCCUGUCGAUGAUUCCGAAGAUGAAGAUGCCACCAAGAACUCUCGCGACAAUCUCACAGAGAUGGCCGUUCUGUUCGAGAAGAUCUGCCCUGGUCAUCCUUCUGCCGAAGACUCUGACGAUGACAAUGAAGACAAUGAAGAUGAGGCUCCGGCCAACGAUGGUACGAUAUUUUACGUGCAAACUCUCAUUAUAUCGUAUUUCUUUGCACUUCUUGUAGUUUUUAUUAGGUAG